CGCCAUCGGCUGAACGAAGAGUAGCCCGACUUCGAUCAAUAUUACGUGUAAAACAUUAAUUAUGUCGCCUGCUCUGUUUGUAAUGCUAUCGGCUCUAGUAGUAGCAUCAUCUUGCGGGCGACUGGAGCCGCAGUACCUGCCGCCUCGUCCCGGCGGUGGUGGCGGUGGUGGUGUGUUCGGCGGUGGAGCGGGCAGCGGCGGCGGGUCUGGCAUCGGGAUAUUCGGAGGUUCGGGCGGAGGAUCCGGUGGGUCGGGCAGUAACCCCAGCUACGGCGGCAACGGUGGACCCAAUAUCCCUAUCCUGAGAUACGAAAACGAGAACAAUGGCGAUGGAACUUACCGCUUCAGCUACGAGACUGGCAAUGGUAUACAAGCGCAAGAGAGCGGUGCUCCUCGAGCUCAGGGCCCCGAAGGACCCGCGGUGACGGCCGAAGGCGGGUUCUCCUACCGCGCGCCCGACGGCCAGCAGAUAUCCCUCUCCUACACCGCUGACGAGAACGGCUUCCACCCCGUCGGGUCACACCUCCCCACCCCACCACCUAUUCCCGAGGAAAUCCUACGCUCCAUAGAAUUCAACAGACGCAAUCCAUCCUCUGAAGGUGCGUACAACCCAGGCGCCGGCUCGGGCGGCAACGGAGGCUCCAACGGCUACCACUACUGAUCUCAUUCCUAGACCCCGAAACGCACUCGGCCGAUGAAUCGCAUGCUAACACGUACCUAUUUAUACCUAGUAGACCUAUCCGUCCCCGUCCUUUCUUGAUCCUUGCUCCAAUGUUUUAUAUUCCCGCUGGGUAUCUCUCCACGCCUUAGUAACCUUUUUUUAUUUCUGUUACAAUAUCCCCAUACAGUUUUAUUUCUCCUUUUAGUUUUACUUAACGCAUAAUUCUUUUGUAUCUCUUCCCUUAUUAGAUAAGUUUGUAGAUUAAAUAUGCGAUUCGAACGCCUCUCAUUGAUCAUACUUAUCACUAUGCUAAUGCCUCGAAAUAAGUUAAGAGCUUAAGUACUACAGUUAGUUUUAAACGUAGUAAAAGCUAUACAAGUAAGCUUGCCUAGUAGUAUGAAGCUUUGUUAGUGAUACGACGUGUUAAAGCGCAUAUCGACCGCACUAACCUUGGGACUGUGAUACCACGUUGUAAUCGAGCACGAUGUUAUGUAUAAGUUCAACAUAAUGUAAAUAAGCAAUACAAAUAAAGGUUUUA